AUGGCUUUCCGUGAGCGCGUCAAGCGUGCCUUGGGCCGCAACUCGUCGUCCAAGUCGUCGUCGGCCUCGUCGACGCUGUCCAAGAACAACUCCAAAAGCGACAGCUCGGUCUGGUACCAGCCAGGAGAGCCGCUUCCCAUGCCCAAGUACCGUAGGCCGGUGGCGAAAGAGCACAAGGAGAAGCUCGAGUCGUUCAACUUCGAGAAGGCAUGGCGCAGGCGGAGCGACCAGAGCAUGUACUCGCCCAUGGGCAGCCGCUACCCCAGCCGGAGAAACAGCCUGACGAGCCGGAAGAGCAUGAACGGCCCGCGCAGGCAGGUCAUCGAAGACAUCAACGACGCUGGAGAUGUUAGCAACGUCGGCCUUGGCCAGCGCACACGUGAAAGCACGCGCCUAUCGUCGGUUGCAUUGCGCUCUGAGCAGUGCUCCGGCUCCGACCCUUCGACCAGCUCGCGGUCUCAGACGGGGACCACGAACAGCAGCAGCGCCCUUGGUCAAUCGUUUACCCAGCAGGAGCUCAACCUCGCGCUGCAACGGUCCAACCUCGAGUUGCCGCAUUCUGCAUCGUAA